AUGAAUAACAUUGCCACGCAGAGAAUCAAAAGGGAAUUUAAAGAAGUCAUUAAGAGCGAAGAGCUUGCUAAAUGUUCAAUCAAAGUGGACUUAAUUGGUGAUAGCUAUACUGAAUUAAAAGGUGAAAUUGCUGGCCCACCUGAUACACCAUAUGAAGGGGGUACAUUCUUUUUGGAAAUUAAAGUGCCAGAAACAUAUCCUUUCAAUCCACCUAAAGUACGAUUCAUGACUAAAAUAUGGCAUCCAAAUAUUUCAUCCGUCACUGGAGCUAUCUGUUUAGACAUUUUAAAAGAUCAAUGGGCUGCAGCUAUGACUUUACGUACAGUACUGUUGUCUCUACAGGCACUUAUGGCAGCUGCUGAACCAGACGAUCCACAAGAUGCUGUUGUUGCUAAACAAUAUAAAGAGUAUCCAGAAAUAUUUGCUAAAACAGCUAGCCACUGGACUAAUGUUUAUGCUGGAGGUCCAAAUAAAAAUUCAGACUUUGACACAAAAAUUCAGCGUCUCAUAGAUAUGGGAAUAGAAUGUGAUCAAGCACGUGGAGCAUUAUCUACUUACAAUUGGGAUUUGGAACGAGCUACAGAACAACUGUUUAGUUAG